CUUCGACAUCGGUACCAUUUACCUUUCGAAGGCACGCGCCAGCUGUCAAAGGUGUCAGAUUUAGCCGAGCUAUCUGGGUAUAGGAACGACUCAAGUCUUCAGUAUCAUUUCGAUAUCUCGACGGUGCUGGUCGUUCAUGAUCAAACUGAAUUUCUUUUCGUGAGUUCGCUCAUUUUUAAUAACGUGUUUAUAUAGUUCGAUAGUUUCAAGAACGUUUUUACUCGUAUUUUAUUUUAUUUUUCAAUUUCGUUGAAGUUUUUUCUUUAUUUUUUUCCAUUUAAAUAUUAUUUUUCUUAACCAUGGGUGUAAUCGGUAAUGUUUGUGAAUCACACUACGAAGAAAGAUUAAUCCAUAACCAAUACUCUAGUCAUAACGGAAAGUGUAAUAAGUCCAACUUUCUUACUUCUGUUUUGGGACCUAUCAGUAGUAAGAUGAAGGGAUUGAGAAAAUUCAAGAAAAGAGUCAGUUCUGCUCUGAAAUCCAAGUCUCGAUCUGAUGAACUUAGCCAUAAUUUACCUGCAUUGAAAUUCCAUUUCACCAAAGGCAAAAAUAUAAAGCUAGCCAAUGACAGGAUGUUGGCCAUUCGCGAGAAUAGUUUCUGUCAUGGGAUCACCUUCACCAAUAGACCAGUAAUGGUGGAAGAAAAAAUCUGUAUUAAACUAGUCGACGUAUCUGAUAAUUGGAAAGGAGCCAUUAGGUUUGGUUUUACAAACGUUAAUCCGGCUACUUUGAAAAAUUUACCAAAAUAUGCUUGUCCAGGUUUAAACGAUCGUAAAAGAUUUUGGGCCAAACAAGUGAACGAAGAAUACAUAAGGAAAAACUCAAUUUUAUAUUUUUACGUUAAUGAAGCUGGCGUUGUUUCUUAUGGCGUUAAUGAACGCACCAAAGAAGUACUUUUCGAUGGCGUUGAUGUCACUACCAAAUUAUGGGCUAUGAUCGACGUGUAUGGAAAUUCAACAGCUAUUCAACUAGUCAAUCCUAAACUAAAUAACACAUCAUCGGAUCGAGAAGCUGGAUUUGAUUUAAAUAAUUCUAGAAGAAGCAUUGAUUCAAUGACAACGAUGAGUUACCAUCAAGGAUUAGAGAGCAGAAGCAGAUUACCGUCUUUAACUUUAAACGAUGUACCAAAAAAUGUCAACCAGGAAAGACAAUAUAGACCGUCUACUUGGAACUGUAUGGAUCCUCGUGUUUCUAAAAAUUACACAAAUUCAUGCUACACUCAUCAUCGUGAUCACAUUAAUGUUUACCAAAGUGUUUCAAUGUCUUCUUCAACGAUUUGCGGAUCGCAUUCGUAGCGAAUUUAUCAACUCGUUGAUUUAAUGAAAUUUAUGUGUUAUAAUUAUGAUGUAAAUAGAAUAGGUAUUUAAAAAUUUCUUCGAAAAAUAAUAUUGUAUGUUUUCUAGUCAAUAUUUUUAGUCAGUGGGUGGUACUAUCAGUACCUAGCUGAAUGGAAAUCAGUAACAUUUGUAAAUUUUUAUUAAAAUAUUCAAAAUGGUCAUUAUCGAUAGGUAAUCGUUGAAUUUUUAAUUUUAAAAAUACACGUGACUGAUAUAUUUUUA